AUGGAUUCGCAUAAAUUACCUCAAUUCACAGCAGGAUUAAAAGCAUCUACAUUCGAAACUGCUCAAGGUAUUACUAAUUAUUACGAUCUUGGAUCUUCAUCAAAUAAGUCCAUUGUUCUUGUUCCUGGUUAUUUAUGUUCAGCAUUGAUGUACAAAGAUCUUGCUGAGUACUUAGUUUCACUCGCAUACAGAGUUAUUAUGUAUGAUCCAUACGGAACUGGUGGAUCCAUUAAAACUUCCAAAGAUAAAUACACUUUAGAAACAAUGGUUGAGCAAUUAAAAUCAUUGAUAACAAAUCUUUAUUUAAGAGAUGUUAUUGUAGUCGGCUAUUCUAUGGGCGGACUGAUUGCUGCAACUUAUGCAAAGGAAAAUAGCUCUAAAGUGUCGAAAGUCAUUUUAAUGAUGCCAGCAGGAUACAAGGUAAAUCAAGGACCACAAACCAUUACAAUGAUUAUGAGAACACCUAUUAUUGGACCAAAAUUCAUGGAUUAUUUCUAUCAUUCAACAAUUAUGGAUGCAAUCAAAGUUAAUUUUGUCCAUCCAGAAGAUCCAAAGUUUUCUGAAAUCAUCCAAUUCCUUUACAUGCACAUUUAUACAUCAUGGUGCUUAAAUCCAUCAUUUUCUGAAGCAGCAUGCGGAAUUUUCCGUUUCAUGAAUGUUGAAGGACAUCAAAAGACAUUACAAAGCAUCACAAAGCCUGUAACUGUUAUUCUUGCAAAGAAUGAUAUUGCAAUUCCAUUCCAGGACAAUUUUGACUUCUGGUCGAAGGUUCCGAAUGUUUCAGUGAACGUUCUCGAUGAAUGCGGUCACUGGGGAAUCCACGAGAAGAGAGAUGAAAUGUUUGAGAUUAUUGACAAAUCAUUAGCUGUUUGA